CAAAGGCAGUAUAAGCGUGGGGUGAAAAAUGGACCAAUCUUGAUAUUGUCCCAACAAACUGAUUGGUUAAGUUGUUUAAGACAGCCAAUGAAGGAGAAGACAGACUCUUACGUAAUCAGUCAGUACAUGUCCUGUCUGCAUUAAUCACACAUAUCAUGUCUUGGUCAUGUAGAUUUUGUAUUGUACUGUUAUAUGGAGGCUACUUUGGUGGUUGUGGUAAAACAUUCAGUUGACUGAUUGUUUCUCUGACAAUGUCUUGUUAGUUUAAUCAACAAAGUUAGUUGAACAAAACUAAUUAUUUAUCUAGCGUAUGAGCAUAAACAACAUUGCUAGUGUUUAAUCCAUAACUAUAGUAUAUGAGUUUUCACUUAACAAGUCAUACAAAGAGAGAACUCAGAACAGGGUGGGUACAAGUAAGAAUAAAUGAAUUGUCUUGUAAGCAUGAAUUGAUAUGAUACUGAGUAGUAAUGUUUUGUGUACCAACAAACUUUCAAAAGCAUGAUUGAGGAGUUGAAAUCAUCAUCAUUAUGUAUACAAACAAAAACAAUAAAUAUUGACCAGCUAUAUCUUUGCUUCCACAUUUACAUCAUGAUUUUUUGAAGAUUUUUUUAUUUUAUUAUUAUAUUCUAACUAAUAUUUUGUUAGAAUCAUUUGCAUUCACAAACAGGAGUUGAAAAAGAAGAAACUGAAAGCAACAAUGAGAGGGGAGUGAUUAGUAUUAUGAUGCAACAAUGAGAGGGGAGUGAUUAGUGUUAUGAUUAACAAAUGAAUAUGACUUUGCCUCUUUUCAGUGCCCAAUUUCUUGAGAUUCUGGCUGUUCUGCACCCAAAUAUUAAAAAAUUAACUUCUUUAUAAUAUAAAAAGUAAAAGACAUAAAUAUUUAUUAAGAAAGACGCAAAUUGAUCCACUUUUCCCAAACCCGGAUAUUAUCUGUCCAUUGAUUUAUAAGAAUUUUCCACUUCCAAGGAGAGAUUUGCAUCAAAGCAAGGAACAACUUCUCCAAUGGGGGCAGAGAAGCAGAGCUCAAAGGGACAAGCAUGGUGAGAAGAAGACAAAGAUUACAAUAGUCAGAUUAUGAACUUAAAAAUGCUCAUCUUCUUGUGUUUUUUUGAGUGCAGGUUUUGUACCACUGGCUUAUCUAGUGACAUGGAAAUAGAAGUGGAUGAUAUGACAUAUCAUCUCAAUAAGUUCCUUCUAAUGUCUAAAAGCAGAAAACUUCACCAGCUCAUUACAGAGCAAGGACAGAGUGAUGAGAAGAAGAAGAAACGCCAUGAAGAAGAUGGAGACGGUUAUACCCUUCACAUAAAGCUUGAGAAUUUCCCCGGAGGUCCAGAGAUUUUCGAGAUGGUUGUAAAGGUAUGCUACGGCGUCAAAGUCAACCUCUCUGCUUCCACAGCCGUUCUACUCCGCUGCGCCGCCGAGGAGCUAGAAAUGACGGAAGAGUACUCAGCGGACAAUCUAAUUCUGACGACGGAGAACUUUCUUUCACACUCUGUCUUGAGUAACACACAAGAAACAAUUGCAGCCCUAAAAGCGUGCGAACCAGUCACUUCUCUAGCGGAAUCAAUCGGUAUAACGAAACAGUGCAUAGACUCCAUCGUCUCCAUAGCUUCUUCAUCAGCCGAUCCUUCGCUGUUCGGCUGGCCAAUGAACAACUCGACGAAACAACAUAGCAAGGUUUUGUCCGAAGAUCUGUUGGAACUGAGCUUCCCGAUCUUCAAACGUGUAGUACAAGCAAUGAAAGCCAAAGGUCUGAGUGACAACAUAGUAGAGACCUCUCUGAUUCGCUACGCCAAGAAACACAUUCCGUUAAUCACGUCAAGGUCAUCAGCUUCAUCUACCAUAGCUUCGGAGAACCAACAGAGAGAGUUGCUGGAGACGAUCAUCUCUUAUCUCCCGAUACAUAACUCCUCCGCAACCUCAACGACUAGGUCUCUCUUCGGCCUUUUACGAUCAGCCAUCAUCCUCAACACCUCCGAGAAAUGCCGCACCGUUCUUGAGAUAAAGAUCGGUUCGCAUUUGGAGAAAGCUACGCUUGACGAUCUGCUCAUCCCAAGUUACUCGUACCUCAACGAAACGUUAUACGAUAUUGACCUUGUGGAGAGACUCAUCCGCCACUUUCUUGAAAACGACGCCGUAUCAUUUUUAUCAUCUCCGUCGUUGACUGUGGUUGGGAAACUCAUCGACGGAGUUCUUUGCGAAAUCGCAUCGGACUCUAAUCUCAAACCGGAAAGAUUCUACAGCUUAGCGGUUUCGCUACCAGAUGAAGCAAGGCUAUAUGAUGACGGACUCUACAGAGCCAUCGAUAUAUAUCUCAAGUCGCAUCCAAGGAUAUUGGAGGCAGAGAGGGAGAAGAUAUGUAGUGUGAUGGACUUUCAAAAGCUGACUAUAGAAGGUUGCACACACGCAGCGCAAAACGAGCGUCUGCCACUACGAGCCGUCGUAAAAGUCUUGUUCUUGGAGCAACUUCAGCUACGGACGUUAGUAACGGCAGUGACGGAAGAAGACGGUGGUGAAACGGCGGGAGAGGCAAAGGUGGACUUUGGGGUAUGGGAGAAAGUGGUGAAGGAGAAUGAGGUGCUUCGCUUGGAUAUGGAUGCGAUGCGGACGCGUUUGUACCAUCUAGAAAGCGAAUAUUUGAACUUGAAGGAAGUGAUCGCAAAGAUUGAUAAGGAACGUUUGUAUGUGGCGAAUGCUAGGCCGCGAAAGUGGUCCAUCAGCAACAAGUUCGGAUGCAAAUUCAAGACACAGGUCUGUGAUUCGCAUGAAGCAAAGAUGGUCGAUGGAAGAUGUCAACGACGCUAAUAGUAGUACUAUACAUAGAUCAGAACAUGCAUCUUGUACUUAUUGAAUUUUAUUUUUUGUUUUUGAUAAUGUAAAAGGUUGAAAACUUUUAUUAUAGUAUUUAACGAAUAUGAAUCUUUCUUAUAGUACUUUAUUUUUGGUCAUAACCUCUUUUUUUUUUAUCAUUUUGACACAAAGAUAUAGGAGUACUAACUUGUUGAAAAUUCCGGUCUUCUAGAAAUUGUAGUUCAAUAAGAGUACGUCAUUGUGUGAACAAUUCAGCAAAGGCACAGAGCAACUAAUCAGCCGCUUUAUUUAAAUCCCAAGAUGCAGAAAAUAAUAU